GUGAGCUUUCGGAUGCAAAUUCUGAUUGGGAUGAUGCCACUUCUGAUUAUAGUGAACCAUUGCCAAAAAAGCAGAAAAUUGAACCAUGGAAGAAUGAAGCACUUACUUUGCUUGAUCGUGCAAUGGUUACUGAUACGGCGGCAUCAGCGAUUUUAACCGCUACGGCGGUUGGAUUGGGUCUCAAUACCAACUCAGUGGCUAGUAGCAGAUCUAGCUUGUACCGUCGCAGGACAAAGGCACGAGUUGAGCAGAUGGAGAAUGCUCAGAAAGAAUUUUCACCAUCAGAAGCAGUUGUAAUUCAUAUUGACACGAAACGAAUGAAGAAAGGCGUUGGACUCGAGUCAGAAGAAAGGUUAGCCGUAACUACUUCUGGAUUUGGAACGGAACAAAUUGUUGGAGUACCAGUGAUACCGACAGGCACCGGCAAAGAUAUUGCACAAGCGGUAGUGAAACUGCUGGAAGAAAAAGGCAUCGAAAACAGCAUAAAAGGCAUUUGCUAUGACACCACAGCGGCUAAUUCAGGUAUACAAAAUGGAUCCGUGGUAUUGCUGGAAAAGCUGAUAGGACGAAGCCUGCUCCGUCUACCAUGUAGACACCACAUUCUGGAGUUGAUCCUUGAGGCGGUUUUUACAAAAGUAUUCAGCGAGAAAUCCAGUGGCCCUGAAAUAACAAUUUUCAAACGUUUCCAGAAAGAAUGGCCUGGUAUCAACAAAGGUAAUUUCACUACUUUCACGUUUUUUACAUCUAAUAUUUUCGUUUUGCUCAAUUUCAGAUUCGUACAAAGGUGCAAAAGACCUGAUCUCACCAAAAUUGAUACCAGCAUAUCUAAAAUCGAUUGAGACUCUUCACCACAUGAAGAAGAUUCGCGCUGAUUACCAAGAAUUCAUUGAAUUAACUGCCUUACUUCUUGGAGUCGAGACACUGAAUGGUUCUCAAAUUAAAAUAAAGUC